AUGGACAAUAUCUACAAGGAUCGCAACCAGGAAGAUCAAGACCAACAGGAAGACCAGCAGGAAGAGUCAUUCGCAGAAGACAACCUCCCGGAAAAUGAUAUCGCCACACUGAAAUCCACUCACAUGGAGGAGAGUCAGCAAUCUCUCGACGUACCUGUCGAGCGCUCUGGAGCGGUGGAUUCUGAAUCAACUGAUCCGGUUCUGGAAAAACCCAUCAAGUCGUCCAGCAAGAAAAGGGCAAAAGCACGAAAAGGCCGGGAAGGGCUACAGGCGCUUCUUAAUAAAAGCAUGCAGUCCAAAAGCACACCUAGCCUCAACUUGAUGGACCUGAUGAAAAAAUGA